AUUCGGGUUUUUUUGGUUUUUAUUUUAUUUUUUGCCUAGUACAACUGUGAUGGGGUUUGUUUAAGAUGAGAUAGUCGACAGCAGGCUAAUGAAACAGCCGUCCUUUAUAUUUUGAAGGGCAAAUAUAAACUGUGACUAAUAUUUUUUGAGGAAUGCAGAAGGCUUUUUGUUUUGCUUUGUUUUGUUUUGUUUAGAAAAAUAGUACCUUAACAUAUAAGGAAAAAGGUCAGUAAAAUCGUUAAGGGUACAUAGUUGCCAAUAGGGGGCGCCAAUAUUGACACAAACCACAAGUUUCUUACACCCUCUCUAAGAUCUAUCUAUCUAUCUAUCUAUCUAUCUAUCUAUCUAUCUAUCUAUCUAUCUAUCUAUCUAUCUAUCUAUCUACUGUAGAAAGAACAAAGCUCAUGAAUAAGAAAAGAUUAUCACAAAGUAAAUAAAAAUAAAACAUUAUAAUUGGUAUGUGUUUGUUGUCUGAGGUCAAUUGUGGAGAAAGACCAGAUGGUUUCAUGACAGCAAAAUCCAUUUGAGAACGUAACAAACUAGUUUAAUGAUAGCCUGGCUGGGCCAUCCUGUUGGUUUAAUGACCGUUUUUAUUGUAUUUUGAAAGUCCAACACCGGAAGUCUUAUUGUUGUUGCCGUUCGCGGAGCGGAAGUCAGACUUCUCGCCAUUUUGAGAUAACAGCCAGCCAUUGAGCAGCUUCUUGUGUGGGUGCAAUGUGAUCGAUCCUGUCGAAGCUAUGCUCAUCACUUAGUUGUUUUUUUAACUUUUCCGGCGCGUUGUUAUUUGAACGUUAAACAGUGUGAUAACACAUUUGUCUGCUUUAACCUGCAUUACUCUUCCAGCCAUGUCCGCCGAGGGACCAGCCGACCAGGUAGCUAUACAUGAAGCUGCAGCCUGGCCUUUUACAGGCUAGCAGAAAUGUGCCACUGUAUCCGUCAUUAUGCUAGUAUUUUGACUCAAGUGCCGUUUAUUAAUUGUUGUUCCCUAAAACACGACUCUUUUUUUAGCUUGGGUUGCCCAUUGGCUUAGUUAUUGUUAUUUCUUAAGCCUUGUGUAACGCUGUUAGGUUUGGCCUGACGCCAUGUUAACCGCCGAAUGUUAGCUCUGCAGCUACUAGCCGUGUAGCUCCGAUGUCUAGACUUUGUUUUUGGUAAAUAAUAACGUAAAUAAACACUAAAUAACACUGGCAUUUUGAAAUACGUCAAGGGGGAACAUAGCCACGAGAAAAUGAUCUGUUGCAGUUAUUUAUCUCACACUAACUUCGUUUUCCUUGUGUCCUUGUACUGUCCGCAUUAUCUCGAAUAUGCGUUUUGCUGUGAUUAAAACACAGAUCAGCCAUAAAAUGAUAAAUAUCUGGGUAAUCUAAUGCAACACUUACAACAGCUGUACCUCAGCAGCUUCCAUCAAGGAGGGUUUUUAAAUAUUUCAAGUUCAUCUUGACACGAUCCAACAGGUGAUUUUUGCUGCAUAAUUAUCCUACUAGACAUACUUGGUGGCAGUGGUGUACUUGAGUGUGUAAUACUGAAAAGUGUUCCUGAUAUUUUGUACUCUGCAUUGGCAAACUUGAGGGGAAUAAGAUAUUUGGAACACCAGUCUAGAUGCACCAGAUAUAUCACUUACACCCACUGGAUUAACUAAUGUAAAGAACAGUGAUCUUCUGACAAAUAUUGACAUUAAGGAGCUUUGUUAAAUUCAUUUAUAUGGUUGAGCUUUAUUAUAGGGUUGUAUAAGAUUGCCUGGUUGUUCGUAAUGUCAUGGCGGAUUGGCUAUAUAUAGAUGGCACAGGCGUAUACUUCAAAAUAUAGAUGAUAAUUGAGUGUCAUUGCAUUACCUAAAGGAACAGUAGUAAAGUUCGUAAUAAAUUCACGUGAUGGAUUUUGAGAUCAUUCUUAUAUGGCAAGGUAUGAGUAGUCUGAAUGUUAGCACAAAACUAAUGUACAAUUAACUAAUUUUCAAGUAGACAAGGUUGCUGAUUCUAAUUUCCAGGAUCAAAUUGAACCAUUUAGAUUACCUACCAAGAGUUAAUGUAUGGCAAUGAUGAUAAGUCUUCACAUUUGUUUUACCACUCAUGACGGAAUAAUUAUUCAAUACCUAACCCACUCUGAUGAGCCUGUAAUUAGCAUUGUCUGAAAAUAUAUGUCCACAUGUCCUUACCUCAAUAUAUCUCCAUAUUUCAAGCUUCUUAGUAGUCUAGUCUGCAUCAUAACCUAUUUGUGAUGUGUCUUUGUGUGUCCUCUCAGGCUGCAGCAGAGUAUAUUCCAGAGAAGGUGAAGAAGGCAGAGAAGAAGUUGGAAGAAAACCCAUAUGACCUUGACGCAUGGAGCAUUCUGAUUCGAGAAGCACAGGUUUAGUGACACAGAGUUGCAUUCCUGGGGUUAAGUAAACUGGGUAAACAGGGAGGGGGGAAUGGGCUUAAAGAUGAUGAAAAUAUAAAGCAUUUAAUCUUUUUUUUUGCCCCACUGACUGCUUUUUUUUAUACCUAAGUAGUGUGGUUUGUAAAUGAAUUCUUCUUCUUUAGAACCAACCCAUAGAUAAAGCAAGGAAGACAUAUGAGCGACUUGUCUCGCAGUUCCCAAGUUCUGGCAGAUUCUGGAAACUGUUCAUUGAAGCUGAGGUUAAUUUUUUCUUCUUUUCUUUCGUGUGCAUGGCUGGGAAUUAUUCAAAAACGAUCAACACUGUGAUUUUCACACAAGAAAUAUGUCUCUUAUUUUAAUGAAGUUUAAAGUCACAAUUCUAAGUCUGAAUCACCGAGCCUGUUACUCUGUUUCACAACGCUUACCGACUUUCUUAUCCUAAGGUGAUUGUCAAUGUUCAUAGUUACAAAGUAAUGUUGUUUUUACAGCUCAAAGCAUCCUCCUGAGAAUGUGGAUAAAAGAAUACAUCAAAGUGUCAAACACCAUCAUUAGUUGGGCUCUGGUUGGAUUUAACAAGAAUUGUGCCUUUAAACGCAAACAAAGGGGGACUUAGCUCUAACCACUUAUUUCCAGGAGAAUUUUGUUUUCCAGGAUUAAAAAAUCUUUACACUUUUUCUGCGUCAUAUUUAAAUGGGGUAAAGUGCAUUUGUUGCAUGUUUGGUCUGCAACAGUAUUAAAACUAUUUUAAUGGUAUUGGAGUGCAUUAGCCUUUUAUUCACUUGUCGUGUCAAUUUAUUGCCUCCUGUGUCAUUUCUUUGGGAAAUUUUAUAAACAAAGUCCUUUGUCAUGUGACCCUAUCCUCACCCUUAGAUACUUCUGCUCACCCCCACUCCCUGAAUAUAAGGCCAGUCAUCCAUUUUGCCUUGAUGCCAUCAACAGGCUUUGCUUUACUUAACGCUAUCUGUAACUGAGAGUAUGAGUCAUUCACUGCAAAUGAUCAUCUAGUGAAGCCUCCACCUCUGCAGAUAACCACUGCAUUUAAUAUCAAACACAUUGCUUGCACAAAGUUGCAAAACACUAUCAGGCAACAGAAUUUGGCCUGCAGUUCAAAGUCCACUGUGAAGUUCUGGAAAAGGAUUAGCUCUAUGUUGUAAACUUGGAUUGGUGGAGGUUGUAGUGGGGGUUGUUUCUUGUUGUGGGGUUGCUAACCCUGUCACCUCUUACUCCCCAUACCCCUUGCCCCGAGUCUCUCCCACUUAAUUUGACCAACACAAGAGCAAGCUGGUUGGCCUGACUCAAGAGAAUGACAUGUAUGUCCACACAGUGCUUUUAAGGAGCAGUCCCUAAAUAAUUCACGAUAGCCCACAAAUAGCCCCUACUGUACUUGAGCCCGAAGAGCAUCAGAGUCUCGUCACUACUAACAGACCGCCUACUCAGAUGAAGAUGACAGCCGGCUGAAUCAUUUUUUAAAACGCUAGCACAGAGCAGUCACAACUAGGAGAGAUGAUUUGUAUUUGGACAUUUUAAAAAGCAAAGAAAAAGUUGAUGUUUAUACUCAAAUUCCCUAAAGUCUUUUGUGUGGAAAUGUACAUGUAUCCCAUAUGUGACAAAACAAUUGAUUUUUACAUUGGUUCUAAAUCCCAUAUUUACCUUUACUUUAACAUACAAGAAGUAUUGCCCACGGAAAGAGUUUAUAUGUAAAUAAUCAAGUGUGGGCUGUUAUGUUUUAUUUUUAGAAACAAUCAGAACACAGAGGAUAGGAACUAACAGAAGACAGAAAACACAUGAGUAGUGAAUUCAACCUCAAAAAGACUUGAAAGCUUUUCAACAAAAAUAACUAGUUUAAUGUCCAAAUACAAGUCAUCUUGAGUUAGCUUGAUUCAUCCCGUUAUUUGGCUGCCAAGUUGUCUGUGUAGCCUCCCACCUGACCAAAUACAUUAGUUUGUUAUAUUUACAUGGAGAUUUGAAUUUCCCGGACGUCUCUGUUAGAGGGAGGUUUAGUUUUUCUAACUGACAAACUUGAGUCUAGCUUGAGGUUUGAAAGCAAAUCCCUGCUAAUAUAGUUUGGGCCUGGGAAGUGGGGACAGUAUGUUGUGAUAUCUUAAAACUCAUUUGCAUGUCGUAGUAUUAAAACAGACUUAUUUGGUAAGUAUGAAAUGUUUUGGGGCCUUUGCUUAACUCAGAAACCCUCACUGCCUUAAAACAAGCUGCCAUUUGUUCCCAUUUUGCCUUUUUUUUUCCUGCCAUAAAAUAAAAAUAACUUCAGAACAUAGUGUAUCCUCAUGUUUGCGUGAGUCUCCUUCCUUUGAGAUUUACAUCUGACCUUAUUUGUAAAAAGCUGCACACAUGGCAAAGUUUUUCAAGGAUCCCAGUUUUUAACAGAACUGUUUCUCAUCCAGCUUGGUGUUCACCCAGUGUGUGUUUUCUGACCCAAUGCUGAAUUUUGUUGUUGAGUUCUAAGUCAGGCCCAUAAGAAGUCAAAAACAUGGAACAGAUAAAGUGAAAGAGGAAAGAGCAGAGGUUGAUCCCUGGAAAGAAAGGAUAUGACAGCACCACUGCUUUUAUUUGCAAUGUCAUAGUUCAUUCUGCCUUUAUGAUGUAGGAUAAGUUCAUGUAGUCCAGUUUCUGUGAGUUCACAGGGAGGAAAGAAUGUAGCCCAUUUAAAAAAUAAUCAUCCUGAUUUGGCAGAUUUUUCCCCACACAGUUAGUACAACCUGUUUUUUUUUUUUUUUUUUUUUUUUUUUUUUAAUAUUUAUGGUAAUUUUACCAUUUCUCUAAUCUGUGUCUAUUCUCUGCUCUCCCUUAACCCUCUGUCUAAUUCGGCCUUUGUAUAGGUAUUGAGUUUGCCUUUGAUUAUGUGAAUUUCUCCUCACAUAUAAAGUGUGUUGUAAAAUCUUUCUCUGGCAGUGACGUGACCAGACACUUAGACUAAAAGCAGCAAGCACAGGUGAAAUAAUGUUCCCUUUAAAAACCAUCAUCUAAAAAGAUUUGUAACUAUAUUAUACCACUGAGGCAGGGACACUUGUACACAUUUCAAGUUUAAUCUAUCUCAGGAUAAAAAAUGAAAUGAAACAUGGAUUUAAAAGCUCAGACUGAUAUUUUCCCAGAGUUUGUUAUUUUUGUAGGAACAAUGUUUUGGAAGUUUUGCUUUAGCUUGUGUGCAUUUGAUGGCCUAAGAAUGCUUAGAGCUGUAAUUGUCAGUUUUCUAAAUUGUGUAUCUGGGGCAGUCCUCAGUAUUUUGCAUGGAUUAACAGAAAAUAAACUUUUUUUUUUAAUCAGUCAAAGUACACCUCUCGUUUCUCACAAGUUUUAUAAGUCAGGCUUUUUUUUUUAAUUAAACUGCAGUUUGCAUUUAAUGCAUUCUUUCUCUCAACCAAGUUUGAGAAUUUUAUUCAUUUAAUUUUUUUAUCGUGCCUUAUUUGCAGGAGUACAGUGUCAAAAAAGGAAUUUUUUUGUUUUGCAGUAAAAGGCUGAUUUAGGGAAUUGCAUGAAAUAUGUGCAACAUUCAGAGAUGUAGAACAGCAUUGCUUUUCAUUUGUUGCACAAAAUACCAAAAUGAGCCUUUUGUCUUGAAUUGUGGCGUCUGUCUUUGUCUGCAUGUUGUGUACUUUGUGUACACAUCAGUGCUGCUUCAGGGAAUUAAAUGUCUUAUGUCUAAUGUCACCCAACAGGCCACGGGGCCGCCUCCAGAUGAAUGUGUAGAUGUUCAGGAAGGUCACUUAACCAGUCAGACUAGUCACAGCUAAGCCAAUAUUAUGCAAAGGAUUAUUAACUGUGCAGGCUUGUUGUCCCUAGCAAUGUCUCUGUGUUGUUGGUGAUCUGUUUCACUUCAUGAUGACACCCUGUGAAGAGCAGAUUAGACCUGCUGUGUAAACUAUCAUCAUUUCACGUCACUUCCAGGCUAGUUUGAUCCGGCUGUUCUCCUUUGAAUAGUCCAUGCAUGUAUAACAAUGGGAAAGGCCCAGUGUGCCAAUACCACGGGAACAGCAGCCUCUCCUGUCUGUACUGGAGGGUACUGUGACUCCACUGACAAUGGCAAAAAUGACACUCACUGCUGCAGCACUUUACACGCUGACAUGCUCUCUCCCGAGGCUGAUGUUUUCUGAAUUUCUCUAACACUGCAUAUUCUUCAGUAUUUCUCUUAACAUUAGUCCAGAAUCUGCAUUUUGGUAUUGUCAAGAUUUUUUCUGUAACAAGUGGUCGUGGGUGUGUUUCUCCAUGAUGUAGUGCCAUCUACAGAGAAAAUAAACCCCUUUCUUUAAAAGUUAUUUGUCAUUCUUGUGUGAAUUUCACUUUGUUGAUCUCGGAGGUUCUGAGUGUGUGUAGAUAUGUGUAUGAAUGGUUGAAUUUGCAUGAAUGCAUGUUUCCUCAGAGUCAUAAAAGUAAAGGAGACAUUUGAAUUAACAUUGCAUCUACACUCUUAUUUGCAGAUCAAGGCAAAAAACUAUGACAAAGUAGAAAAGGUAAGUGUCUGGCUCACCCAAAAAGUCUGAUGUCUCUUAUUUUGACACUUGUUGGGUCCCCAAAUGUCUGUUUAUGAUUUCUUCCUAUAGACCGUACACACUUCCUAUGAAGCAGUGUUUGUAAUGUAGUAUUUUGAGGCGUUCACAAUAAUCAGGAAAAGCUGUCGCCUUGGGUUCUUGCAAGCAUGAAAAGUAUUCAGAUAGGGGAAAUCUUUGAGGAUGAAAGUAGGGCACUGUAGUCACUAAGAAGGCUUUGAUAUUCAGUUAAAGCUACAUACUUUGGCCUCUUCUUGGCAAUACAUACCCACAGUUUCAAUCAAAUGAUCAUAAUGUGACCAAUCUGAUGCAUUAUUUCAAGUUGAUAUCACUAAGGUUGGACUUCACAGAAAAUUACCUUUCCAGUUAGAUUUUUGCUGUGAUGUUAAACUCCAGACAUGGAGAUGUUCAAGUCCCUAAACAGGUUUCUGACCCUGCUGUAUUUAGAUUAGUUUGGAGGAGCUCUGGAAUGUAGGCCACAUCUGAGGUCUGUCUAAUGAAGCAGAAUAACUGAAGUGCUGUGCACAGCUGGGCUGAGUAAGACCUGAAUCUCCCCCAAAAUCUGGCACAAGGGCUAGAGUAGAAACAUUUCCUCUGACAUGACAUAGGUCACUGAAGAUUGACACAAAUUUAGAAUAUAAAAUAAAUCAACCAAAUACUGACCUUUUUUAAUGGUGUGUUUUAAUGUUUAUUUCUCUUUGAGUCUUAUUUUAAUUUUUUUGUCCCUGUAGUUGUUUCAGAGAUGUCUAAUGAAAGUGUUGCACAUCGACCUGUGGAAAUGCUACCUCUCAUAUGUUCGAGAGACCAAAGGGAAGCUGCCUAGUUACAAGUAAGAAAGCCUCCUGCUUAGUCAAGUUCAUACUGAGCUGAGCUGAAAGUACAGAUUUGAUAUUUAUUUUCCUAUCCUCAGAGAGAAGAUGGCCCAGGCGUAUGACUUUGCUCUGGAUAAGAUUGGCAUGGAAAUUAUGUCCUAUCAGGUACACAGAUCAAUUAUUAAUAUUUGUGCCUAUAUGUGUGUGUGUGUGAUACUGUGAUUGAUGUCACCUCACUGCUGGCCUUUUCUCUCCCAGAUUUGGGUGGACUACAUCAACUUCCUCAAAGGAGUGUAAGUACAUUCCCCUAAACAACUCUUCAUAAUCAGCGUCUCCCUUCUGUUUAAAUGUUUAUAUUCUUGUUUUGUGUUUUAUCAGUGAGGCUGUGGGCUCGUACGCAGAGAACCAGCGGAUCACAGCUGUACGGAGGGUGUAUCAGAGAGGCUGUGUGAACCCGAUGAUCAACAUUGAGCAGCUCUGGAGAGAUUAUAGCAAAUAUGAGGAGGUCAGUGUAGCACUCAGGCUUCUAGUAUUUAUCUAUCCUCCUAAUUGUGUUUGUUUUAAUUUUUUUCAGCUUCAUAGGGUGCUAGGCUGACUUUUCUUUUCCUCAAACAGGGAAUCAAUGUGCACUUGGCCAAAAAGAUGAUCGAGGAUCGAAGUAGAGACUACAUGAAUGCAAGGAGAGUGGCAAAGGUGAGAGAAUCUCAUCUGACAGUUUGAAUCCCAUUGAUUGAUUGAAAGUCAGGCUGUCUCUGUAAACUCACCCAGGUUGUCUUGUGAUUCAGGAGUAUGAAACUGUAAUGAAGGGUUUGGACAGGAACGCCCCCUCAGUCCCUCCCCAGAACUCUCCUCAGGAAGCUCAGCAAGUGGAAAUGUGGAAGAAGUACAUCCAGUGGGAAAAAAGCAACCCACUGCGCACGGAAGACCAGACGCUCAUCACAAAAAGAGGUGACUGUCUGUGAGCGACAGAAGAAUACAUCAGUGUCAGAGUGUGGCCACUAGAGGGCAUCGAUCCACAUCCCUUCUCACGUUUAUGCAAGCUGUAUCAGCUCUGUGUUUUAUGAAUGGUGCUUAGUGCUGCUGUGUCUCUGUGUUUCAGUGAUGUUUGCCUAUGAGCAGUGCCUGCUGGUGCUGGGUCACCACCCUGACGUGUGGUAUGAGGCAGCACAGUACCUGGAGCAGUCCAGCAAACUGCUGGCAGAGAAAGGGGUAAGGGAAAUCCCCUCUCCUUUCCCUCCAGAAAAAUCUUUAAAAACAGCAUUUUGUAAAGUUUGACACAGUUCUGUUUUUUACUCGUAAUUUGUUUUUUUCAAAAUACUUUUUGUUCCCAGGACAUGAAUAACUCCAAGCUGUUUAGCGAUGAGGCAGCCAACAUCUACGAACGUGCCAUCGGGACUCUUCUGAAGAAAAACAUGCUUCUUUACUUCUCAUUUGCUGACUAUGAAGAGGUGAGAGUUUUGCUGUGACCUGAGCACAAGCUGGUCUCACCAUCAUCACAGGAGAAACAGAGCUGAGAUAACAGCUUAAAUGUUUCACCUGUUUUACAGAGCCGCAUGAAGUACGAGAAAGUCCACAGCAUCUAUAACAAGCUGCUAGCCAUAGAGGACAUCGACCCCACCCUGGUCUAUAUUCAGUACAUGAAGUUUGCCAGGAGGGCCGAGGGAAUCAAAUCAGGCCGCACCAUCUUCAAAAAGGCCAGAGAGGAUUUACGCACACGUCACCAUGUGUACGUGACGGCAGCAUUGAUGGAGUACUACUGCAGUAAGGUGAGAGCGGCUUUUUUAAUGAGAAACGCGACCUUAAUCAGCCUUUUAAGCCUCUCUCUUCUCUCUCUCUCCACGUCUUUUAACUCUCUCACUCCUGUCCUUCAGGAUAAAUCAGUGGCCUUCAAGAUUUUUGAGCUUGGUUUGAAGAAGUAUGGUGACAUUCCAGAGUACAUACUCGCAUACAUAGAUUACCUCUCACACCUCAACGGUAGGUUGAUGUAUGAUACAGUGGUGAGUGAAUGAAAGGCGAAUGGUUUUAGUGACAUUGCUUAAUACGUUCAAGCUGUUAAAGCUGUGCUGACCUAUUUCAAGCUUUUAGAGAUGAAAGAUUUCUCCUCUGCUGUUGUGAUCCAAACUCACUGUGUAACCUUGUUCUUUUCUCCAGAGGACAACAACACCAGAGUCCUGUUUGAGCGUGUCCUCACCUCAGGAAGCUUGUCACCAGAGAAGUCAGGGUAAAGCUGUGUAUUUAUUAAAGGUGUAUAGAUGUAUGAAAGUGAUGUAAUAGAAUAUAUGUGUGGAGAAAUCCAUAAAUUUUGCUUGUCCUUUCCAUCACAGUGAGAUCUGGGCUCGGUUCUUGGCUUUUGAGAGCAACAUAGGCGACCUGGCCAGUAUAUUGAAAGUGGAGCGCAGGCGCUUCUCUGCCUUCAAAGACGAGUAUGAGGGCAAAGAAACAGCUCUGCUUGUAGACAGAUACAAGUUCAUGGAUCUCUAUCCCUGCUCUGCUAGUGAACUCAAAGCCCUUGGAUACAAGGUUUGUGAUGGACUCCUUUGAAAUCACAGCCACACAUGCAGCUUCUCUCUGAGGUGAUACUGAAGCUGCCUCUGCUGUGUGUUUGCAGGAUGUGUCUCGUGCCAAACUGGCAGCGCUGCUCCCAGAAACCGUGGUGGCUCCUUCUACACCUGCGCUGAAAGACGAAGCAGACCGCAAACCUGAGUACCCAAAACCUGACACCAACCAGAUGAUCCCCUUCCAGCCACGUCACCUGGCCCGUAUGUAGAUCCUCGCCUCCCUAAACUUUCACUUGAAGUGCGCAGAAUGUGACAACACUGCCCCCUCUUAGUGAACUAACUGAAAAUAAGUAAGCCUCUCAUGUUUCCUCACCACAGCUCCGGGUCUACACCCUGUCCCUGGCGGAGUUUUCCCUGUCCCCCCAGCUGCUGUGAUCCUAAUGAAGCUGCUCCCUCCGCCUACAUGCUUCACGGUGAGUAAUAGCAGUUUAACACUGUUUGUUGUCAUCGUGGCAUUCAUUACCUAUUUACUGGCGAUGAAUAAAAGAAGAAAGCAGCAGGGUUUUUCUUUUUUUUUUCCAAGAAUGCAAAGUCAGUUUUGUCUCUCCCUCCAGGGUCCCUUUGUUCAAGUGGAUGAGCUCAUGGAAACUUUUAGGAGAUGCACACUUCCUGAGAGUGAGUUGCACUUAAACUGAACCCAGAUCUUUUCUAUUUAUUAUUUAAAAUCUCUCCCGCUGUUUGACAUGCCGCUCGUGUGUUUUCUGCCUCCUCAGCUGUCGAUGCUGCUGUAGAGCUGAUCACUGGUAGACAGCCCGAUGCAGGAGGGGAGGGCAAUGGAUCCAUGGAGAACCAUGCUGUCGCCAAGUCACUCAAGAGGCCUAACGCAGACUCUGAUGAGGAGGAUGACAAAGGGGCCGUGGCUCCGCCCAUACACGACAUCUACCGAGCACGCCAACAGAAGAGGAUUCGAUAAGCUCAAACUUACGCUGAACCAGUCAAGAAUGUAAUCUUAACAGGUGGUCCUAUUGGGUACACGUACAUGUCCAUGUUUCUAAGUGCGUCUGACAGAUUGUUUAUUAGCUGAUCUCUGUACAAAGAUAAGGAUUCAUAAACACAUGCUCUCACAGAAACACAUACAGUAUGCACAUUUGAGUGUUCUUGUUUUUUUUUGUUUUUUCUUCUUUCGUUUACAGUUUUUAUUUUUAAAAACUGACCAUUAUACUGUACAAAAUUUUUAAUUCAACCUUUGAUUUUGGCACACCGCUCAGUCUGGCCUUGUGAUGUCUACAUCAUGGUAACAUGAAAUCAAGAUUAUUUUUCUUUUUUUUUAGAUAACUGGAAGAAACACAGUUCCUUUCAAUAAAAGUGGAAAAGAAAAAGAA